CAGCAACAGCGACAACGCAAAGCCUUGUCAACAGCGCUCACGACGUCAGUCUCAUGCCCUAGCAUCGCUAGUAGCUCAGCAGCAUCGUUUUCGUCCCCGUCUGUGCUUCAUCGGAUCAAACGGACAUUACUUUUAAGCAAUGUGGUGACCAAGAAGCGACCGUAUGCAUCCAUGCCAAGCACACCACGCACGUCAGGAGAGUCCGUACGUCGAUCUUGGUCAUCCUGGCGAAAGCGACUGUGAUGUUAUACUACUUUUUUGUUACAACUUUUUUUUUUUUAUUUCCCACCUCCUCCAUAUACAUAUUUCUGACAUGCAUCGCAUUACACACGUUUACAUACAGACAGAAGGACAGGACGUACCUUUUUACAUAUACCCCAACUUGCUCCACCUCCCUCUCUCAUACCCGAUCAGACCUAUCUCCAUCUUCAGGAAACCUUCUUUUUUGGCCACCCCUCCCCUCCUCUCUCUCUCUCUCUCUCUCUACGAGAAGAAGUAGUCAGUUACUCGGAGAUGAGGCGAAAACAUACUCCUUCUCUUACUCUCUCCAUCAACGUCCAAGUGCACGCACUUACCCACACCAACCCCUUCUUCCACCAACACCCCCCCCCCUCCAAAGCUCUGGAUUUUCUACCACUUGUUUCUUUUUUUUUCUCUCAUAUAGAGUUUCUUCUGCAACAUUCUGUACAAUAUUCUUUUUUGCAUUUUAUUUACUUAUUACAAUUAUUAAUUCGAGGAAAAUAUAGAUUCAACUGAAGAAGCGAACUACUGGGUAUCACAAAUUAUAUACAGCCUAGUGUGGGGUUCAUUCAUAGAGAAA